AUGUUCGAUGCAAAAAGUGGUCUAUUGCGUCAAUCGAUUCAUGACAGAUUCACUUAUCCUAUUCGCAUUAGUACUAUCAAUGAUGAACAAGAACAAGCAAAAUUAUUACAUGAAGAAAUGUGGACACCAUUCGAUACAGAACAUGAUGGUGUAUUUCGAUGUCAUUUGAUUCAAUAUGAUCAUAAUCAUCAGAAAGAUAGAUUGUCGAAUGGUGAUUUAGUCGUAUUCUAUUUCCAUCAUGGAUCAUUCGAUGGACGAGCCAUCGAUCUAUUUUUGGGCGAGCUUAAAGUCGCCUAUUCAGGUGGCGAACUACAGUCACCAUGUCUUCAAUACAUUGAUUAUUCUUUUCAUGAACGAAAACUAGCAAUGACAGAAGCACGUAACUAUUGGAGUGAACUUUUACAAGAUUAUGGUUGGGAUCGACAAUUAAAUUUGGGUGGAACUAAAAAGCCGAUGUCUGCCCGUCGUACUAGUCGAGGAUUUUCUAGCAGAUAUGGAAUUUUUCCAGCAGAUAUGGUUAAAAAAGCAGGAGAAAUGCUUCAUCCAUUCCUCUAUUUAUAA